GGAUUGGCCGGCUAAAAAUGCCGCGCUAAUCUCCGAGCUGAUCUUUACCCCCUCCCUCCGCCCCAUCUGCCGCCACCCGCCCGCGAUGCGCAGCGCCGGCCCCGGCAGAGGCUCCGGCCCCGGGAGAGGCUCCGCCGCCGGCCCCGCGGCCCCGAGUGCAUGAGGCUGGUGUUUACCCGGGAAACCCGAGGCAGCUCCGGGAGCCAUGUCGGGUUCCUAUGACGAGUCGGCAUCGGCCGCCGAGGAGACAACCGACAGCUUCUGGGAGGUGGGGAACUACAAGCGCACGGUGAAGCGGAUCGAUGAUGGGCACCGGCUCUGCAACGACCUCAUGAACUGCGUGCACGAGCGGGCCAAGAUCGAGAAGUCCUACGCCCAGCAGCUCACCGACUGGUCCAAGCGGUGGAGGCAGCUCAUCGAGAAAGGUCCCCAGUAUGGCAGCCUGGAGAAGGCGUGGGCCGCCAUCAUGACCGAGGCGGACAAGGUGAGCGAGCUGCACCAGGAGGUGAAGAACAGCCUCCUGAACGACGACUUCGAGAAGGUCAAGAACUGGCAGAAGGACGCCUACCACAAGCAGAUCAUGGGGGGCUUCAAGGAGGCCAAGGAGGCUGAGGAUGGCUUCCGGAAAGCCCAGAAGCCCUGGGCCAAGAAGCUCAAGGAGCUGGAGACAGCCAAGAAAGCCUAUCACCUGGCAUGCAAGGAGGAGAAGCUGGCCAUGACCCGUGAAGCCAACAGCAAGGCAGAUCAGUCCAACACUCCUGAGCAGCAGAAGAAGCUCCAGGACAAAGUGGAAAAGUGCAAGCAAGACGUGCAAAAGACUCAGGAGAAGUACGAGAAGGUGCUGGACGAGCUGAACAAGUGCACCCCGCAGUACAUCGAGAGCAUGGAGCAGGUCUUCGAGCAGUGCCAGCAGUUCGAGGAGAAGAGGCUCAACUUCCUCAAGGAGAUGCUCCUGGACAUCAAGAGGCACCUGAACCUGGCCGAGAGCAGCAGCUACGCCAACGUGUACCGGGAGCUGGAGCAGACCAUCCGCAUGUCGGACGCGCAGGAGGACCUCCGGUGGUUCCGCAGCACCAGCGGCCCCGGCAUGCCCAUGAACUGGCCCCAGUUUGAGGAGUGGAACCCGGACCUGACGCACACGAUAACGCGGAAGGAGAAGCAGAAGAAGGGCGAGGGGGUGGCCAUGACCAACGCCAGCAGCGCGGGCGACACGGGGGCUCAGGCGGGCGAGCGCGGGAGCGUGAGCAGCCACGACCGCGGGCAGACCUACAGCGCCGAGUGGUCCGAUGAUGAGGGCAGCAACUCCUUCAACACCAGCGAGGCCAACGGCGGCGCCAACCCCUUCGACGAGGAGUCGGCGGGGAAGGGCGUGAGGGUGCGGGCUCUCUACGACUACGACGGGCAGGAGCAGGACGAGCUCAGCUUCAAAGCAGGUGAUGAACUAACCAAACUCGGAGAGGAAGACGAGCAGGGGUGGUGCAAAGGGCGCUUGGACAACGGGCAGCUGGGGCUGUACCCCGCCAACUACGUGGAGGCAAUCUAAGUCUUGUGGUGUGCUCCUCGUCACCGUCAGCAGAUAAAUCCACCCUCCGUUGUCUCCAUCUCUCCACCAGCCAACCAGCCAUUCUGCCGUCUGGUCCUUCACUCCUCACCCUUAGAGAUUCAGACAUAUUUUCCGACCAAGCUUUUAUUUUUUUAAGAGUUGUCUCCGAAGAGUAUUUUGCAUAGUCGCUUUCUUCUAAGAUAACGUGAAGCGGAAGAUGACGUUGUCCGUUCGUCUACGUUAGUUGAAUUUUUUUUUUUUUUUUCUGAGCGAAAAGCCGAUACCUCAAGAUCUUAAAGCCCAACCAGUGAGAGCUCCUGACUGGUUGGUUUUUAAAGAUACUGAAAUCAUGAGCCGCCUUCUGAUUGGCUGGAACUGUUCUGAAACGCACGGCGCCGAAGCUCCUGGGACCAACCAAAUUCAUCCCAGAAAACCAAGAGGGAUUGGAGUCUGACUCCGUUGGUCAUUUUUUUUUGGUGUUUCCAUGCUCUCCCCAGUUCAUCCUCCCGCCCCGAGGAAGGGGGUGAGUGCCCCCUUCAGCCCCGUGGCUGUCCUUGAGAUACCCAGGUGAGGUGGGACCAGCCCCGCCAUGGAGCUUGCUGGCAUCUCCUCAGCUUCCUCCUCCUCCUCCUCCUCGGGGCUGGGCUGGCAGCACAGCUGGAGCGGGCGGAGGCUCCCGAGCCGAUGCCCGGUCUGUGCUGCAGGGAGCAGCAUCGCCCUUCGGUGGGCGGGUAUCCAACGCACACCAGAUCCAGGUGAGACGGCCCUAAAACCCAGCGCUGUCCGGAGAGGGACCCACCAGGGCCCGCUGCUGCUGGAAGCACCUCGAUACCCAGCCUGGGGUAGCGAGGACUGCCUUGGGCACUGCUGGGGACAGUCCCCAUCCUGAAGAGAGGCAGGAGCAGAGCAGGGACGGGGGAUGAGCAUCCCGGAGAGCCCAGGAGGAGGGCUCAGGAUGCAGCCCAGGCAGAGCAGCUGCCUGGCAAAGAACCAAGACACCAAGGCGGGGGACGGCCACAGGCUCUGCCCUUUGCUUGUCCCCACGGAGCUCUCCCCCUCCUCCCCUGGGCUCUGCCCCUGGCCCCGCGGCUGCUGCCACCCAGCACGGCCACCCCACCCCUGCCUCGGGUGCGUUUGCCAUCCUGAGCUCCUCCCUACACAUCAUCUCUCAUUUCUCUCCAUACCAUCGCCCCUAGCAGCAUCAAUGCCAUCGGCUUCCCGCACGCUCCUCCUGCUCCUUUCCUGCCCCCUCCGUUGGUUCGUGAAUUUUUUGGCCCCAGGGAUCCCGUGUUCUCGUGGAUGCAGGGGAAGCACUGUGUGCUGGGCACGGUGGGCAGGAGCCCUCCAGCCCCUGCCAGGUACCGGAAAAAAAACCACAAAGUCAGAAAAGACCCAACCAACCACCUGUCUCAGCAAUGCACCCCGGUUUUUGUACAUUGAUUGUGUAAUUUAAGAAGUAUAUAUAUAAUAUAUAUAUCUCUCGUGAUUGUAUUUCCGUGGAUACAACAACAAAAAGCAGCAAGAGAAAAAAUAACUGAGCUCUGUCAGCGUC